AUGGGGGAUCGGUAUAUAUCUCAAAUUUCGGCCGCCGCCUCUGAGCUCACCUUGGGUCAAGGCCAUACCUUGACGAUGGCUUCACACCAAGAUGAGGUACUCGGCAAGAUAUUGGCGAUCGAGAAAUCUCUGGGCAAGAUAUCGGAGAUGGAGAAAACUCUGGGCCAACUGUUGGAUUGGUUUAAAUCAAUAACGCAGGAGCUUCGGUUACUACGCCCCGGUCCACCCAUAACAACGAGGCCGCUACCUUGCACGGUGAUUGAAAACUACAAUCCCAACCAAGAGGAGGCCUAUGUUCUUUACCCAAGGUUACAGGAGCAGCCAAAACAAGAAGAAAUAACCGCCAGGAAGCUGGAGAUAGAAGCCAUGCAGCAUGAUGAAGCCACUGAUGUCCCAAUCAGUUAUUAUUAG